CAAAAAGCGGCUACAACGGCGAACGAGUGUAACUUUUAUAACAUAAAGAGUCAUCUGAGCAAACGGCAAUUAUUAUAUUUUAAUAAAAAUUAUUAAUUGUCAUAACUAACGCUAUUCAUUUUAUUUCAAACAAUUAAUUAUUUAACCAACUACUUAUUUAUUUAUUAACGGUGUUUGUAUCUGAAGUUUGAUGAUGCCAGGUGCAGAUUUAGACGCUACGAGUGCCAGUCGCUUGGCUAAAUUCAAAUACCACAAUAAAUCUGAAGAUGCCAGACGUAGGAGAAAUGAAGUAUCAAUCGAGCUCCGUAAAGCACGUCGUGAUGAUCAACUUCUCAAGCGUCGUAAUAUCACAAUUGAGGCGACCGAGAUUCCCAAGUCUCCAGAAUCAUCAGUUCAAUCACCGAUACUGAUGUCAGUUGAUGAAAUUGUCAGUGGUAUGACAUGCGAUGAUCCACAUCUUCAGCUCCAAGCCACCCAGGCCUGCAGGAAAAUGCUCAGUCGUGAGAAACAUCCACCGAUUGACACAAUGAUCAGCAAAGGAAUCGUACCUCGUUGCGUUGAAUUCUUGGGUCAUAACUGGAACCCUGCACUCCAAUUUGAAGCAGCAUGGGCACUGACAAACGUUGCAUCCGGUACAUCUGAACAAACUCACAUUGUAAUAAAUAAUGGCGCGAUACCCAAACUUGUAGCUCUCCUAAAAUCUCCAGCAUCAAAUGUUGCUGAACAAGCUGUCUGGGCACUUGGUAAUAUAGCUGGAGAUGGACCAGCAACACGUGAUCUUGUUUUACAGCACGAAUGCAUGCCCAUACUUAUUUCACUGAUUCAACCCGAAUCUGGCUUGAGCUUUAUAAGAAACAUUGUCUGGACGCUGUCAAAUUUAUGCAGAAAUAAAAAUCCACCACCGCCAUUCGCAAUUGUACAAACAGCAUUACCGACAUUGAGCUCACUACUGGAUUUCACAGAUGGUGAUGUUCUUGCUGAUUCGUGUUGGGCACUAUCAUAUCUUACUGAUGGAACUAAUGAAAAAAUUCAAACUGUUUUGGAAAGCGGAGUUGUUCCUAAGCUCGUUAGAUUGUUAGGUUCCCCAGAGGUAACUGUGCUAACGCCAGCAUUGAGAGCUGUUGGUAAUAUUGUCACUGGCAAUGAUACACAAACAGACGCUAUUAUUAAUGCUGGUGGAUUGGAUAAAUUGCGUCUUUUGUUGAAACACAAACGUACAAAUAUUGUAAAAGAAGCUGCAUGGACAAUAAGUAAUAUUACGGCUGGAAAUUCUAAACAAAUUCAGUACAUUAUUGAUGCCGGUAUUAUUUCACCACUGAUCGAAGUUCUUGAAAUUGGUGAUUUUAAAUCACAAAAAGAAGCUGCAUGGGCUGUUACUAAUUUAACAUCAGGUGGAACUAUUGAACAGUUGGUACUUUUAGUACAAGAAGGCGUACUUGGACCAUUCUGUAAUUUAUUAGACGCCAAGGAUUACAAAACUGUCAUGGUAGUACUCGAUGGGUUGACAAACAUACUCAAUGCUGCUAAUAAGAUGGGUCAGAUUGAAAAUGUUGCGAUCAUGGUUGAAGAGCUUGGUGGGCUUGAUAAACUGGAAGCUCUUCAGCAUCAUGAAAAUGAGAAAGUUUAUCAAAAAGCUAUUGCUAUGAUUGAUGCUUUCUUCUCUGAUGGGGAUGAUGAAAACCAAGAGCUUGCACCAGAAGCCAAUGACGAGCAGUUUAACUUUCAAGCAUCUGGAAAUGCACCCCAAGGUGGUUUUCAAUUUUAAUUAUUAGUUUGUUUUAAAUAAAUUUAAUGCUAAAUUAAUUAAAUUUAGGAAUUGAAUUCCACGUUGAUCGGUGAUUUUACACGUUUAUAUUGUAAUUUUUUAAUUAAUACAAAUAAUGAUAGUUAAGUAAAAUGAGAAACUUUAAAUGCGAUGAUUGAGUC